AGGAUAAGGAGAAAAAUGGAGAAUUUUUUACUUCAAAAAAAAAAAAAAGGAAAAAACGGAAGGAAACGAGAGAAUGAUGAGGUGGUGAAAAAAAUGUGAAGGGGAAGAAGGAAGAAGAAGCCUUUGAUCCAAAAAGUUAAAAGCUUUUGUUUAUUUAUUUUCUUUUACUUUCUUGCUUCCCAAACACUCCCCCUUCUCUUUUUAGUAGUAGCAGUAGCAUUUUUCUUGGUCUCUUUCACUCCUCAAAUUCCGUCUCCUACAAAGCUCAAAGCAAAGAAAAGCAAAAAAAACCAACUUUUUUUUUUAUUCGAGUUGAUAUUUGAGGUUUAAAGCCAAUGGGAGCUCGUUGCUCCAAACUAUCACUUUGCUGGUGGCCGUCAAAUCUCAAGUCAAACCUCCAUGAUUCCUCCGAUCUCGAGAAUGGGAAGGAAGCGUUGCCUGGAUUCAGCGAGUACAGCUUGGACCAAUUAAGAGCUGCCACGUCAGGAUUCUGCAGGGACAACAUUGUAUCGGAACAUGGAGAGAAAGCUCCCAAUGUAGUUUACCGAGGGAAGCUGGACGAGGAUCAUUUCAUCGCCGUUAAACGCUUCAAUAGAUCGGCUUGGCCUGAUCCUCGACAGUUCCUAGAGGAAGCGAGGGCUGUUGGACAGUUAAGAAGUGAGCGAUUGGCGAAUUUGAUUGGUUGUUGCUGCGAAGGAGAUGAGAGAUUGUUAGUUGCUGAGUUUAUGCCUAAUGAGACUCUCUCUAAGCAUCUUUUUCACUGGGAGAAUCAGCAUAUGAAAUGGGCAAUGAGGCUGAGAGUGGCUCUAUAUCUAGCGCAAGCGCUUGAAUAUUGCAGUAGUAGAGGGAGGGCGUUGUACCAUGACCUUAAUGCUUAUAGAAUCUUGUUUGAUCAGGAUGGUAGCCCCAGACUUUCUAGCUUUGGCCUUAUGAAGAAUAGCAGAGAUGGAAAAAGUUAUAGUACAAAUUUGGCUUUCACCCCUCCAGAGUACCUAAGAACAGGAAGGGUUAUACCAGAGAGUGUGGUUUACAGUUUUGGGACCCUAUUGCUUGAUCUUCUCAGCGGCAAGCAUAUUCCACCAAGCCAUGCACUUGACUUAAUACGUGGAAAAAACUUUCUGAUGCUAAUGGACUCAUGUCUGGAGGGUCAUUUUUCAAAUGAUGAUGGAACUGAAUUGGUGCGGUUAGCUUCACGCUGUUUGCAAUAUGAACCUCGUGAGAGGCCAAAUGUGAAGUCUCUUGUAACUGCUCUUACUCCACUUCAGAAAGAAACUGAGGUACCAUCACAUGUUUUGAUGGGCAUUCCACAUGGAACUGCAUUGCCAAAUCAAACAAUAUUACUAUCACCUCUAGGAGAAGCAUGCUCAAGAAUGGAUCUUACUGCAAUACAUGAAAUAUUGGAGAAGGCUGGAUACAAAGAUGAUGAGGGGAUUGCAAAUGAGCUUUCUUUCCAAAUGUGGACGGAUCAAAUACAGGAGACUCUGAAUUCGAGAAAACGUGGAGAUACUGCUUUCCGAGCAAAAGAUUUUGGAACAGCCAUUGAAUGUUACACUCAUUUCAUCGAUGGUGGGACGAUGGUAUCACCAAUUGUGUUUGCUAGACGCUGCUUGUGCUACUUGAUGAAUAACAUGCCACAAGAAGCCCUCGGGGACGCUAUGCAAGCCCAGGUUAUAUCUCCCGAGUGGUCAACAGCAUUCUAUCUCCAAGCUGCUGCUUUGUUUAACCUUGGGAUGGAGAACGAUGCGCAGGAAACCCUCAAUGACGGCACAAACUUGGAAGCCAAAAAACAUAGAAACUGAUAGUGUAUAGGCACCCUUUUUUCCUUUCACCUUUUUUAAACAUCCCUUUUAUCUUCCUGUCUUAUUUUUAUGUUUCCUCAGCACCACAGAGUAAUUGUAACGUUUAAUAUUCUGAUUCGAGUCGUGAAAACAGCCUCUUGCAAAAAUACAAGGAAAGAUUGCAUGUGAUGGAUCCUUCUCCAGACUCGCACAUAGCGGGAGCACUUUACGCAUCGGGCUGCCCUUUUUAUAUUUUAAGAUGAUAACAUGAAUAAAUUUUUCAUUUUUGAGUUUGAUAUCAAGGAUAUAUGCCCGUAUU